UAUGAUUUGAUCUCGUUUUCAAGAACAUUCGUAAAUUUCAGAAUCUUUGCUCUGUCCUUUCAUCUCUUCUUCUUUGUCCUCUGCCUUUGAUCCACAAUAAAACCCCUCAAAGAUCCCACUCUUAUACAAACGCUCCUUUCUUUCUCUCUUUUUUAAGAGGCCCAAAUCAGUGUUACUAUUGUUACAGAUGGCAACACAGGCAGCAAAUCCUGCUGCAGUUCUUCCAAGUGCUCAAGUUGUUGGCAAUGCAUUCGUGGAGCAAUACUACCAUAUUCUUCACCAAUCUCCUGAAUUGGUUCAUAAGUUUUAUCAAGAUUCAAGCAUCUUAAGCAGACCUGAUAGGAAUGGCUUGAUGAGUUCUGUAACAACAAUGCAAGCAAUUGAUGAGAAGAUACAAUCCCUUGAUUACAAGAACUUUAAAGCAGAGAUUAAAACUGCAGAUGCACAAGAUUCGUAUCAGUCAGGGGUGAUUGUUCUAGUGACCGGAUGCCUAACUGGGAAAGACAACAUCAAGAGAAAAUUUGCACAAACAUUCUUUCUUGCUCCACAAGAAAAAGGCUAUUUUGUUCAAAAUGAUGUCUUUAGGUAUGUUGAGGAAAGUGCAUCAUCAGAUACAACUUCUACACCUGUUGAGGAUAUUGUCGACACUGCUCCAGUGGAUCUUGCAAUACCCAAUGCAGAUUCAACUCAUGUCUCAGAUAAUCCAACAUUAGAUCCUACUACAAAUUCAGCUUCUAAUGAUCUCAAUAAUGGACCUGAAGUUUGUGACCCUGAAGAUAAUGAAGGGUCAGAAUCAGGUCUUGAGGAUGAACACGAACCUGCUUCUGUUCAGACAAGUCUGAAUGAAACAAGUCAUCUUCAGAAAACAGAUUCAUCUUCAGCCCAAGAGAAGAAAUCAUACGCCUCAAUUGUGAGAGUAAACAAGGUUAGUGGAGCAGCAGUUCAGACAAGUGGUUUGAGGUGGGCCCCUGCUGCCAACACUGAUCAACACAAACCUAGGCCAGCUAAGCCUUCACCAGAACCAGAAACAACAUCACUCCCUGUUGUUGUUAAUGCUCCUGAAAGCAGCAAAGUUUAUGAUGAUGUUGAAGGUCACUCGAUAUAUGUACGCAAUUUGCCAAUGAAUGCAUCAGUUGCACAACUUGAGGAGGAAUUCAAAAAAUUUGGACCCAUCAAAAGUAAUGGCAUCCAAGUUAGAAGUAAUAAGCAACAGGGAUUUUGUUUUGGGUUUGUGGAAUUCGAGUCAUUGGAUUCCAUGCAUAGUGCGAUAAAGGCACCUUCUAUCGCAAUUGGCAAUCGUCAAGUGGUGGUUGAAGAAAAGAGAACCACAACACGAGUUGGUGGUGGUGGUGGUGGAAGAGGGCGGUACCAGGGCGGUGGUGGUGGUGGUGGUGGAAGAGGGGGUGGCGGUUUCAGGGGUCGUGGUGGUUACUUUGGCGGACGAAGCUUUGGUAGGAAUGAGUUUAGAUACCAGGGUGAGUUUACCAACCGUCCAAAGGGCCCCACGGGACGUAACUCAGAGGUGUAUCAGCGAGUUGACCAGAACGGUGGUGGUGGUGGUGGAGGUGGUGGUGGUGGUGGUAGAUAUGCUCAUCAUCAACCAAAUAAAUACACUGAAUCAGCACAGUAGUUGCAAGUGAUGAAGCUUCAAAUCAAAAUUUUGACCAUGAAUUUAGUAGUACCAUUUUCUUUAGUUUUGGUGCACGUGUUCUGUAUAUCAUUGGUGUUUGAUCGGAAUUUUUACGAAACACCUUUUUGCAAGAAAAAAGAAAAAGAAAAUACCGAUUUUUGCAGGUUUAUGCUAAGAGCAUUUUUCUAACCCAA